ACGUCAUUUCCUCCUGUUGGCGAAAGCUAAAGCUACGUUGGUGUCAUCGCCUUAUCGGUUUGGGGGUUUGACAACAGAAACAACAGCCUUAUUUCGCGUCCAGCCACGAAUACCUGUUUUCACUGGAGUGUCUGGAGAGAUGAACAACAACGGGAAUAAGAGAGCUCCAACCACAGCCACUCAGCGACUUAAGCAGGAUUACCUCAGGAUAAAGAAAGACCCUGUGCCUUACAUCUGUGCAGAACCUCUCCCCUCCAACAUCCUAGAAUGGCACUAUGUUGUAAGAGGGCCUGAGAAAACACCAUACGAAGGGGGGUAUUAUCACGGAAAACUCAUAUUUCCCCGGGAAUUUCCUUUUAAACCACCAAGUAUCUAUAUGAUAACACCAAAUGGGAGAUUUAAAUGUAACACAAGAUUAUGUUUGUCCAUCACAGACUUCCAUCCAGACACAUGGAACCCUGCAUGGUCCGUCUCCACCAUCCUCACAGGUCUGCUCAGCUUCAUGGUGGAGAAGGGCCCCACUCUCGGCAGCAUUGAGACCUCGGACUACACAAAAAGACAGCUGUCGGCUCAAAGCCUGGCCUUCAACCUCAAGGAUAAAGUGUUCUGUGAGCUCUUUCCUGAUGUAGUCGAUGAGAUGAAACAGAAACAGAAGGCACAAGAGGAAUUAAGCGCCCGCACUCAGCCCCUCCCCUUACCUGAUGUGGUGCCUGACGGUGACCCUCAGCACGCCCACUACGGCCUCCCCGCCCUCAACGGUGGUCCCGUCCCCCUCGGGGGUGCCAAUCCCGCCCCUGGUCUGCAGCAGGCCAAUCGCAACCAUGGACUUUUAGGUGGCGCUCUUGCUAACCUGUUUGUGAUCGUAGGAUUUGCGGCGUUCGCCUACACAGUCAAGUACGUGCUGAGGAGCAUAGCCCAGGAGUGAGAGGAGCCGGUGUUGUGGGGCAGCGCUCCCCCCUGCAGGUGAGCCAGCUAGUGGACUCCACAUUCUACAAACACACUACGUGGGGGAGGGAUGUUCAGUCCUGGGUUAAACCCCUCCACGACCACCACAACCACCACCACCACCAUGGACUUAGGAAGAAGGAAACUCAAAGCCGACCGACACAGGAAGGAUUGAGAGGAGGAGGAGGAGGAGGUGGAGGAGUGGAUGGGAGUGGCAGUUGGGCCGGGGGAUUGGAGGGGCUUAUUAAAACGAUUGUGAUCCACUCUGUACUUAAGUGGUUUAUGUCAGCAGUUAGGAAACAAACUUGGCUCAUGGGUUGUGGAAGAGUGCAGAACUGAGGAUGUAGUUUGUUGCACUGCCCAGGAGGCAGGUCACAACAACAGAGAGAUGCUAAAAUGCACCAUUGUUGUCCUGCGUCAUGAACAUUACAGAUAAAAGCCCGUUUAAAUAAUGAAGUGGGUAACUCUCAGAGCGGGCCCCCCCCCCUUCAUGCAACUUUGACAAGAAUCAUUUCCACUGAAGUGUUUCUUGGUUAUUUAUAUUCAUACAGCUGAUACAGCGCCAAAUGUUUCCAACGUCAUGAGAAAAGAAGUGCCACAAGUAAAAGUUAUGUGGCAUUUUCAGUGUAAGUUGCCCAUGUUAUUAUUUGCAUUGGUGUUGGCUUUCCGUAUCAUGCCUUUUUGUAGAAUAGCAGCAAGGUAUCAGAUUUCAGAGUCCUUAAGCUUCAGUUCAAAAAACCGGUUUGUCUACCUGCAGUUCCACUACGUCAGAGCUGUAAAUGUUGGUGAAAUGGAAAUACAAGAGAAUUUUUUUAUCUGUUAAGGAUGCCUCGCUCAACAGAUAACAGCACACAUAAUCUUAAAUCAUACAGACACAGCUGAUGUGCUCUGAAUUUUACACACAUAACUGAAGUAUCACAUCCCAAUCAGUAACAUUAUCCUUGUCCUUAACUGCCCCUGUUAGUGACUGACAUGCCAAUAAUCGUUGAGUAUGUCUGCAUAUUUUAAGCACUGAUGGAACCUCAUAGGAACUGCCUCGUGUUCAUGUUGACCAACAGGGAAGGGAAGAUUAAUGAUCUGAGAAAGGUCAGUAAUGUUCUUAUCAGUCAGUGACACACAGUGUACACUUGUUAAACUACACAAGAAUAAAAAGCAAAAAAAAAAAGUCCCAAAAAACUGUACGCAACAAUGUGACACAUACAAGUAGAACUGCAUACACUUGUAAGUACCUCUGUAUCUCAUCAGUAGGUUGUGUUUUCUGCAUCAAAGCUCAUAUCUGAUUACAGAUGAAGCAAGUAGUGCAGAAAGUGGUCGUAGUGGUCAACAGUAUUGACAAGUCAAUUUAUAUCUGUAUUUCUCCUUAUAUAAAGAUAAAAAGCGUAAAACUUGGCGUGUCAGUUGGUGAAAAGAGCUGCUGAUCUUUGUUCAGGGUCUGAUGUGAGUCCAGACGUUCUUUCCUGUCAACCCAUGAGCCAAGCAGUGAACAGUGAACCCAGUGUCUGCACAGAAAUAAAUAGAGACCAGUACCUUUAUCAAUUGGCUUAGCUGACCAGUAUAGCACCACUCUAUAUAGGUCCAAGUAAAGAGACACAUGAAGAGAACCAACAUUUUGUUUCUGUAUAUUAUUUUCUUUUUUAUAUUUUAUUUUUCUUUGUGUUUUUGUUCUCUUUAUUUAUAGAAAUGGCCUCAGCUUGUUUGCCAAGAACGUGUUUAGUGUUUGCAAAGCAGGGCAAUGCGAGGCAACACACACAGACAGGCCAUGGCCCAGGCUCACAUAAUUGCUGAUAAUUUACUGUUGUGCAUUGCAUUUAGUAAAGAUGGUUCUACUGUGUAUCUAAUGUUUCAACAGCAAAACGAUCUGAAAGCAGAUUCGCCUUUCUAUUGCUCUUUUCUUGGCACCAUCUUUAAAAAAAAACAAAAACAAACUGAUCAUGAUGAUGAUGAUGGUGAUGAUGGGAGUGCGUUUGUGUGAUUAUACAGUAAAUGCCCAAAUUUCCAUGCUUCAGUUAAUCUUGUGUGACAUUGUAUGUUUUCAUAGUAAAUGCAAAUAAAUUACCCUGCUUGGCAGGGCAUUUUAGAAAA